AUGCUGGACGUGUCCCUCUUCAUCUUCUGUCUCGAUGCUGGACGUUAUUCGUGCGGUGCCGGUGAGGGCAGUAACAGUACUCUGUUUGUAUUCGUAGUAUUCGUGCGGUACCGGUGCGGGCCGGCGGUGCCGGUGCAGCUGCUCCCUGACGCCAGCGUCUUGGACCUAAAGGAGCUGGUGGGGGGGCAGCAGGGGGUCCCAGCCCAGAGACUCAGGGUCCUGUUCGCUGGGAGGGAGCUCAGAGACACACACACCCUACAGGGCUGUGACCUCACAGAACAGAGCACCGUCCAUGUUGUCCUCCCUUCAUCAGGCUCCUCCUCCUCGCCAUGGGGGGGGGAGGGGCCUGAUAGAGGUCUGACCCGGCUGGAUCUCUCCUUCUCACGCCUCCUCUCCUCCUCCAGCCUCGCAGACAUCCUGCAGGACAGGGAGGAGGGAGGAGACCGGGGAGGAGACCGGGGAGGAGACCAGGGAGGAUACGAGGGAGGAGUCCAGGGAGGAGUCCAGGGAGGAGUCCAGGGAGGAGUCCAGGGAGGAGUCCAGCGAGGAGACAAGGGAAGAGACCAGGGAGGAGACCAUGGAGGAGUCCAGGGAGGAGACCAGGGAGGAGACCAGGUGAAAGGCGUGCGUCCCCGCAGUACUUUCUUUGUGUACUGUAAGCGCUGCAGCUCGGUCCAGCCGGGGAAACUCCGAGUUUGUUGUAGAAGCUGCAGACACACAACACUGGUACUCAGCAGGGGUCCGUCCUGUUGGGAUGAUGUCCUCCUCCGAGGUCGGAUAAGCGGCGUAUGUCAAUCAGAUGGUUGUCAAGGCAACGAGGCGGUAAGAGGGCGGAGCGUCAAUAUGGGCGACAGACUUCUCUUUGAUCUCAAAUCACACCCUCCUGAGGAGGACUACAGAGUUCUGGAACACUGUUGA